AUGAAGACAACAAAUGUUCUCAUCUUAGUCCUGCUGUACAUCAAUGCCAGCACAGAAUGGCCUACGCACACAGUCUGCAAAGAGGACAACUUGGAAAUAUAUUACAAAAGCUGUGAUCCCCAGCAAGAUUAUGCUUUCAGCAUUGACCGCUGUUCCGAUGUUGCAACCCACACCUUUAACAUCAGAGCUGCAAUGCUCCUAAGACACAGCAUCAAGGAACUGUACGUCAAGGUUGACCUGAUCAUAAAUGGGAAGACUGUCUUAACCUACUCAGAGACGCUUUGUGAACCGGGCCAUUCUAAGCUCAUUUUCUGUGGAAAGAAGAAAGGAGAGCACCUCUACUAUGAGGGACCAGUCACACUGGGAAUCAAAGAAAUCCCACAGGGAGAUUACACCAUUUCAGCAAAGCUGACUAACGAAGACCACGUCUCUGUUGCUUGUGCUGAUUUCACUGUGAAAAAUUAUUUAGAGUAUUACUAGCAACAAACCAAUUUCAUGAAAGUUACAGAUUACCAAAGCUGUUCAAGCCAAAUAAGCUGCUCGUAUGCUACAAUCAUUCUGAAGGAAAUAAUUCCCACAUGGUGAUUCCUCUUUAUAACUCACUAUUUUCAAGAAGUCACUAGACCCUCUA